GAAAAAGAAAGGGAGAGGCCAGAGCACCCCUCAGAUUCUGGGAGCUUCAGGCAUGCAAGUCCUGUACGUUACCAGUUGUGUCAUUUCCCAGGCUGUCAAGAUAUAUCCUUUUUAAUAUCCUCUGUCUCCUGCAGCCGCUUCAUUCCAUCUCCCUCCUCUUUCCCUUCCUCCUUUCUUCCCCUUUCUGUUUUCACUGUCACCUACCCUCUCUUUUCUCCAGCUCAUCCUAUCUGAUGGUUUCCAUCCAGCUUCAUCCCUCUAUCGUCUUUCCUGCCUACUCAUUCCCAUUCAGGUCAUUUCCACGACCCCUUCCCACUCCUGUUGCACCUCGCUGGCCAGCGCCCCCUAUCCCCCAGCCUUUCUCAGUCUCCAGCGCCCCCACCCGGCCGGGCUGGCGCCGCGGGGUGCAGAGGGGGUCUGAGCCGCCGGGCUGCAGUAGAGAAAGGUGCCCUUCUAUCACUAGCGUGCUCUCACGUCCAGGGGCCCGGCGCCCACCUGGGGAGGAGGAGCUGCGGGGGUGCCGCAGGGCGGCUGCAGGGACUUGGGCUCCCCCUGCUCGCCCUCCACCCCGCCACCCCCCACGGUGGAACGGGAGACCCGGAGCCGCGCGCAGAUCAGGCGCCCAAGAGGCGGGGCUCGGGACGGGCGAGGCGGUGGCCAAUCAGGAGGCGAGGCCGCGCCCCCUUCUCUGGCCGGGGUGCAGCGCGGGGAUCCGGGCUGGAGGGCGCCCCGGGGCAUGGGCCGUGCGCUCCCUGUUCUGUGCACCGGCUGCUCGCCGCCCGGCCCCGCGGGGCUCCGGGGCCGCCGUUCACUUUGCUCCGACUGCUGGGCGCCACUGCCCCGCGUACCCCCGAGACUCCCCAGCGACUUCGCGCGGGGCCCGCAGCUGGUCACCGCGACCCCUAUCCGGCGGGACGAUGGGCGCUGGGGCCGUAGCCCUCGCAGCCCUGCUGCUGUGCUCGCUCCUCCACUCGGCCCGGGCCCAGGCAUCCCCGGCACCCCCGGGGGCGGAGGACAUCCCCGAAGGCGCCUCCACCCUUGCUUUCGUGUUCGAUGUCACCGGCUCCAUGUACGACGACUUGGUGCAGGUUAUCGAAGGCGCGUCCAAGAUUCUGGAGACGUCCUUGAAAAGACCCAAGAGACCACUUUUCAACUUUGCCUUGGUGCCGUUCCAUGAUCCAGAAAUUGGUCCGGUGACAAUUACCACAGAUCCAAAGAAGUUUCAGUAUGAACUCAGAGAACUGUAUGUUCAGGGUGGUGGAGAUUGUCCAGAAAUGAGCAUCGGAGCAAUAAAAAUCGCCUUGGAGAUUUCCCUUCCCGGGUCUUUCAUCUAUGUCUUCACAGACGCACGGUCCAAGGACUACCGACUCACUCAUGAAGUGCUUCAGCUUAUCCAACAGAAGCAGUCGCAAGUGGUAUUUGUGCUCACUGGAGACUGUGAUGACAGAGGACAUAUAGGAUAUAAAGUCUAUGAGGAAAUCGCCUCUACAAGUUCCGGUCAGGUGUUUCAUCUGGACAAAAAGCAAGUUAAUGAGGUAUUAAAAUGGGUAGAAGAAGCAGUACAGGCUUCCAAAGUUCAUCUCUUAUCCACAGACCAUUUGGAACAGGCUGUAAAUACUUGGAAAAUUCCUUUCGAUCCCAGUCUGAAAGAGGUUACUGUGUCUUUGAGUGGUCCAUCUCCAAUGAUAGAAAUUCGAAAUCCUUUAGGGAAGCUGAUAAAAAAUGGAUUUGGCCUGAAUGAGCUUCUAAAUAUUCACAACUCAGCCAAGGUGGUGAAUGUGAAAGAGCCUGAGGCUGGGAUAUGGACAGUGAAGAUUUCCAGCAAUGGAAGACACUCUGUUCGCAUCACUGGCCUCAGUACCAUUGAUUUCCGAGCUGGCUUUUCCCAGAAACCCACACUGGACUUCAAGAAAACAGCCAGCAGACCAGUACAAGGAAUACCUAACUAUGUGCUGCUGAAUACUUCUGGAAUUUCCAUCCCAGCUCGAGUAGAUCGUCUUGAACUUCUGAGUGUCUCAGGCAGUACUCUGAAGGUUAUACCUGUCAAAUAUUAUCCAGAUAGAAAGCCUUAUGGCAUAUGGAAUAUCUCUGAUUUCAUACCACCAAAGGAAGCUUUCUUUCUCAGAGUAACAGGCUAUGACAAGGACGAUUAUCUCUUCCAAAGAGUCUCAAGUGUUUCCUUCUCUAGUAUCAUCCCAGAUGCUCCCAAAGUUACAAUGCCUAAGAAAACCCCAGGAUACUACCUGCAGCUGGGUCAAAUUUCCUGCUCUAUUGAGAGUCUUUUGCCCUUUACUGUGAGCUUUGUCAGAAAUGGAGUUACACUUGGAGUCAACCAGUAUUUGAAAGAAUCUGCCAGUGUAACCUGGGAUAUCGAGAAGGUGACUUUGUCUGAUGAAGGUACCUAUCAGUGUAUUGCUGUUAGCAGUGCAGGAACUGGACAGGCAGAGACAUUUUUUGACGUUUCAGAGCCCCCACCAGCCCUCCAAGUGCCUGACAAUGUCACAGUUAGUCCUGGAGCAAGAGCAGUGUUGUCAUGUUUUGUCCUUGGUGCAGUGGAUUAUAAUCUGACUUGGAUAAGAGGUGACAGAGACAUAAGACUGACAGAUCCAGCUGGGCUGAGGGUCUUGGCUAACCUGUCGUUGGAGCUCAGGAGUGUGAAACUCAGUGAUGCUGGAGAGUACCAGUGUGUGGUAUCCAACAAGGGAGGUUCCUCAUCUGCUUCUGUUUUCCUCACAGUACAAGAACAGCCCAGAGUCACUGUGAUGCCCAAGAAUCAGUCUUUUACAGCUGGGUCUGAGGUCUCCAUCAUGUGUUCUGCAACAGGUUACCCCAAACCAAAGAUUUCCUGGACCAUGAAUGAUAUGUUCAUUGUGGGCUCACACAGGUAUAGGAUGUCCUCAGAGGGUACCUUGGUAAUAAAAAAUGCUGUUCCCAAAGAUGAAGGGAUCUAUGGUUGUCUGGCAAGUAAUGCAGCAGGAACUGCUAAACAGAUUUCUGCCCUCAGAUACAUUGAAGCCCCAAAGUUGAUCGUGGUUCAAAGUGAACUCUUGGUGGCCACUGGGGACACAACCGCUAUGGAAUGUAAAACCUCCGGUGUCCCUCCACCUCAAGUUAAAUGGUUUAAAGGGGAUCUGGAGCUGAGACCUUCAACAUUCCUCAUCACUGAUCCAUUCUUGGGACUUUUGAAGAUUCCAGAAACUCAAGACCUGGAUGCUGGGGAUUACAUGUGUGUAGCGAUCAAUGAGGCUGGAAGAGCCACAGGCAAGAUCACUCUGGAUGUUGGCUCACCUCCAGUUUUCAUACAAGAACCUUCAGCUAUGUCUGUGGAAAUUGGCUCAAAUGUAACAUUACCUUGCUAUGUCCAUGGUUAUCCAGAACCAAAAGUUAAAUGGCGAAGAGCAGACAACAUACCAAUCUUCUCAAGGCCCUUUUCAGUGAGUUCCAUCAGCCAGCUAAGAACAGGAGCUCUCUAUAUUUCAAAUGUAUGGGCCAAUGACAAAGGAACUUAUAUUUGUGAAGCUGAAAACCAGUUUGGAAAGAUCCAGUCACAGACAACAGUAACAGUGACAGGACUUGUGGCUCCUCUCAUUGGAAUCAGCCCCUCAGUGGCCAGUGUCAUUGAAGGACAGCAGCUGACUUUGCCUUGUGCUCUACUGGCUGGAAAUCCCAUUCCAGAACGCCGGUGGAUUAAGAAUUCAGCCAUGUUGGUCCCAAAUCCUUACAUCACUGUGCGCAGUGAUGGGAGCCUCCACAUUGAAAGAGUUCGCCUGCUGGAUGGAGGAGCAUAUACUUGCGUUGCCAGCAACGUGGCUGGAACCAAUAACAGAACCACCCGUGUUGAUGUCCAUGUUCUGCCAACUAUCCAGCACGGGCAGCAGGUACUCAGCACAAUUGAAGGUGUCCCAAUAACUCUGCCUUGCAAAGCAAGUGGGAUUCCCAAACCCUCUAUCAUCUGGUCCAAGAAGGGAGAGCUGAUUUCCACCAGCAGUGCAAAGUUCUCAGUGGGAGCUGAUGGCAGUCUGUAUGUGGCCUCUCCGGGCAGUGAAGAGAGUGGAGAAUAUGUCUGUACAGCUACGAACACAGCAGGUUAUGCCAAAAGGAAAGUGCAGCUGACCGUUUAUGUAAGGCCCAGAGUGUUUGGAGACCAACGAGGACUGUCCCAGGAUAAGCCCGUGGAGAUCUCUGUCCUUGCAGGGCAGGAGGUGAUACUACCUUGUGAAGUCAAGAGCUUACCUCCACCCAUAGUCACCUGGGCUAAGGAGACUCAGCUCAUCUCACCAUUCUCUCCGAGACAUACCUUCCUUCCUUCAGGCUCCAUGAAGAUUAUUAAUACCCGUGUUUCCGACAGUGGGAUGUACCUUUGUGUUGCCACAAAUCUUGCUGGGAAUGUGACUCAGUCUGUUAAAUUAAAUGUUCAUGUUCCUCCAAAGAUCCAGCGUGGACCUAAGCUUCUGAAAAUCAAAGUUGGUCAAAGAGUGGACAUUCCAUGCAGGGCUCAGGGGACUCCAUCCCCCGUGGUCACCUGGAUGAAAGGUGACAAUAUCGUGCUGACAGAUGGGAUACGACAUAUUAGCAGUCCAGAUGGAACACUGAGCAUCACCCAAGCCCUACUCUCAGAUGCCGGCAUCUACACUUGUGUUGCCACUAACAUAGCAGGCAGUGAGAAAACAGAAAUCACAUUGCAAGUCCAAGAACCACCUACACUGGAAGAUCUAGAACCUCCGUUUGACACUCCAUUCCAAGAAAGAGUAGCGAACCAACGCGUUGCAUUUCCUUGUCCUGCCAAAGGUACCCCCAAACCAGUCAUCAAAUGGCUACGGAAUGGGAGGGAGUUGACAGACAGAGAGCCUGGAAUUUCUAUCCUGGAAGAUGGAACAUUGUUGGUUAUUGAGUCUAUCACACCGCAUGACAAUGGGGAGUACAUCUGUGUAGCUGUUAACGAAGCUGGAACCACGGAGAGAAAGUACAACCUCAAAGUCCACGUUCCUCCAGUAAUUAAAGAUACAGAACUAGUCGCAAACGUGUCCGUGCCAAUCAACCAGCCAACCAGUCUCUUUUGUGAGGUUGAAGGUUCUCCGUCUCCAGUCAUUAUGUGGUAUAAAGAUGACAUCCAGGUGACUGAAAGCAGCACUGUUCAGCUUUUGAACCAUGGGAAGACCCUCAAGCUCUUCAGAGUCACGCCGGAGGAUGCAGGGAGAUAUUCUUGUAAAGCAGUCAAUGCUGCAGGCACUUCUCAGAAGUACUUUAACAUUGAUGUGCUAGUCCCCCCGACGAUAAUUGGGGCCAGCUCCCCACACGAAGUCUCAGUGAUUCUCAACCAGGACACCACCCUUGAAUGCCAAGUCAGAGGCACACCCUUCCCCGUUAUUCACUGGUUCAAAGAUGGCAAGCCUUUAUUUUUGGGAGAUCCUAAUAUGGAGCUUCUAGACAGAGGACAAAUGUUGUAUCUAAAGAAUGCACGAAGAAGUGACAAGGGCCGCUACCACUGUGCUGUGUCUAAUGCUGCUGGAAAACAAGCCAAAGACAUAAAGCUGACCGUCUACAUUCCACCUACUAUCAAAGGAGGGAACAUGACCACAGAAAUGUCCACAUUGAUCAAUACCUUCCUUAAACUGGAGUGUGAGACACGGGGACAUCCGGUGCCUGCUAUUACUUGGUAUAAGGAUGGCCAGCCAGUCAUAGCCAACUCACAGACACUUUAUAUUGAUAAAGGAUAUUUCCUUCAUAUCCCUCGAACACAGGUCUCUGACUCAGCAACAUAUAUGUGUCGUGCAGUCAGUGUUGCCGGAACAGCUGAGAAAUCAUUCCAUGUGGAUAUCUAUGUUCCUCCAACAAUAGAAGGUGACUGGUCUGUUCCUCUGCGCAAGCAAGUAGUUAGGGGGCAUUCGUUGUCACUGGAGUGCCGAGCUGCUGGUAACCCUCCCCCAGCUCUCACCUGGUUAAAAGAUGGUGUCCCUGUGAAAGCCAGUGACAACAUCCAUUUAGAAGCUGGAGGGAAGAAACUAGAAAUCCUGAGUGCCCUAGAAGCUGAUCAGGGACAAUAUGUGUGUGUGGCGACCAGUGUGGCCGGAGAAAAGGAAAUCAGAUACGAAGUUGAUGUCUUAGUGCCUCCAGCUGUGGAAGGAGGCGAUGAAACGUCAUACUUCAUUGUGAUGGUGAAUAACUUGCUGGAGCUGGAUUGCCAAGUGACAGGAUCGCCCCCACCAACUAUCAUGUGGCUGAAAGACGGCCAACUCAUUGAUGAAAGGGACGGAUUCACGAUUUUACUAACUGGACGCAAACUUGUUGUUGCCCAUGCUCAGGUGUCAGACACGGGCCUGUAUAGGUGUGUGGCAACCAAUACAGCUGGAGACCAUAAGAAGGAAUUUGAAGUGACUGUUCAUGUUCCUCCAACAAUCAAAUCCUCUGGCCUCAUAGAGAGAGCUGUAGUGAAGUACAAGCCAAUCACCUUGCAAUGCAUAGCUGGUGGGAUUCCUAACCCAUCCAUCACCUGGUUAAAAGAUGGCCAGCCUGUGAACACUGCCCAAGGAAACCUCAAAAUCCAGUCUUCUGGUCGAGUUCUACAAAUUGCCAGAGCCCUGAUGGAAGAUGCUGGCAGAUACACUUGUGUGGCCACAAAUGCAGCUGGAGAAGCACAGCAGCACAUUCAACUGUUCGUGCAGGAACCACCCAGUCUGGAGGAUGCUGGGAAGAUGCUCAACGAGACAGUAGUGGUGAACAACCCCAUCCAGCUGGAGUGUAAGGCUACUGGAAACCCCUUGCCUGCUAUUACAUGGUAUAAAGAUAACCGUCCUCUCUUAGAUUCCACCAGUGUGACUUUCUUGAACAGAGGACAGAUUGUUGAUCUUGAAAAGGCACAGAUAACUGAUGCUGGUAUUUAUAAAUGUGUGGCUAUCAAUGCAGCUGGAGCUACAGAGUUAUUUUACAGUCUUCAGGUCCAUGUGCCCCCAGCUAUUUCUGGCAGCAGUAACCUGAUGGCUGUGGUGGUUAAUCACCUGGUGAGGUUGGAAUGUGAAGCCAGAGGCAUCCCAGCCCCAAGUCUGACCUGGUUGAAAGAUGGGAGUCCUGUCUCUACUUUUGCUAAUGGGAUACAGGUUCUCUCUGGAGGCCGCAUCCUAGCUCUGACCAGCGCGCAGAUCAGUGAUACAGGCAGAUACACCUGUGUAGCCGUGAACGCUGCUGGGGAGAAGCAGCGGGACAUCGACCUCAGAGUCUAUGUUCCACCAAAUAUUGUGGGAGAAGAACAGAAUGUCUCUGUCCUCAUUGGCCAAGCUGUGGAGCUACUAUGUCAGAGUGAUGCUAUACCCCCACCUACUCUGGCUUGGCUAAAAGAUGGCCGCCCCUUGCUGAAGAAACCAGGUCUCAGGAUCUCUGAAAAUGCAAGUGUGCUAAAGAUUGAAGAUGCUCAAAUCCAAGAUACUGGUCGUUACACCUGUGAGGCAACAAAUAUUGCUGGGAAAACAGAGAAAAACUAUAAUGUUAACAUUUGGGUACCACCAAAUAUUUAUGGUUCAGAUGAACUUGCUCAGCUUACAGUCAUUGAAGGAAAUCUUAUUAGUCUCUUGUGUGAAUCAAGUGGCAGUCCACCCCCAAAUCUCAUUUGGAAGAAGAAAGGAUCCCCAGUGCUGGAAGAUUCUUCAGGGAGAAUCAGAACAUUAUCUGGAGGACGACAGUUACAGAUUUCAAUUGCUGAAAAAUCUGAUGUAGGGCUCUAUACAUGUGUGGCAUCAAAUGUGGCUGGAAUGGCAAGGAAAGACUACAAUCUUCAAGUUUACAUUCGACCCACAAUAGCCAACAGUGGCAGCCAUCCUACCGAGGUUACUGUAACCCGGGGGAAGAGUAUUUCCUUGAAGUGUGAGGUGCAGGGCAUCCCUCAGCCCAUAGUGUCUUGGAUGAAAGAUGGCCGCCCAUUGACCAAGGAAAAAGGAAUGGAGAUAUUGGAUGAGGGUCACAUCCUUCAGCUGAAGAACAUUCAUGUGUCUGACACAGGACGUUAUGUGUGUGUAGCUGCAAAUAUAGCAGGAAUGGCGGAUCGAAAAUAUGACUUAAGUGUACAUACCCCUCCCAACAUCAUAGGAAGCCAUGGAACACCAGAAAAUAUCAGUGUGGUGGAAAAGAACUCAGUUUCCCUGACUUGUGAAGCUUCAGGAAUUCCCCUGCCUUCAAUUACCUGGCUUAAAGAUGGAUGGCCAGUCAGCCUUAGCAGUUCUGUGCGAAUUCUCUCAGGAGGUAGGAUGCUGCGACUGAUGCAGACCAGGAGAGAGGAUGCUGGCCACUAUACCUGUGUCGUCAGGAAUGCAGCUGGGGAAGAAAGAAAAGCCGUUAACCUCUCAGUACUAGUGCCACCUCAAAUUGUGGGUGAAAAUACAUUUGAAGAUUUGAAAGUAAAAGAGAAACAGAGUGUUACACUGACUUGCGAAGUGACAGGGAUGCCAGUGCCAGAAAUAACAUGGCACAAAGAUGGACAGCUUCUCCAAGAAGAUGAUACUCAUCACAUUAUGUCUGGUGGCCGUUUCCUUCAAAUAACCAAUGCUCAAGUGUCGCACACUGGAAGAUAUUCCUGCUUGGCCUCUAAUACAGCUGGUGACAAGAGCAAAAGUUUCAGUCUUAAUGUGUUAGUGUCUCCUACAAUUGCUGGUGUGGAUAGUGAUGGCAGCCCUGAAGAUGUCACUGUCAUCCUUAACAAUCCUACUUCUUUGGUCUGUGAAGCUUAUUCUUACCCCCCAGCCACUAUUACCUGGUUUAAGGAUGGAACUCCUCUAGAAUCCAACCGGAAUAUUCGUAUUCUUCCAGGUGGUAGGACCCUGCAGAUUCUAAAUGCACAGGAGGACAAUGCAGGCAGAUACUCUUGUGUGGCCACUAAUGAGGCAGGGGAAACAAUAAAGCACUAUGAAGUAAAAGUCUACAUUCCACCCAUAAUCAAUAAAGGAGAUCUCUUUGGAUCAGGUCUUUCCCCCAAAGAAGUGAAGAUCAAAGUAAACAAUACCCUGACCUUGGAAUGUGAAGCGUAUGCAAUUCCUUCUGCCUCGCUCAGUUGGUACAAGGAUGGACAGCCCCUUAAGUCAGACGAUCAUGUUAACAUUGCUGCGAAUGGACAUACACUUCAAAUAAAGGAGGCGCAAAUAUCAGAUACAGGACGAUACACUUGUGUAGCAUCUAAUAUUGCAGGUGAAGAUGAGCUGGAUUUUGAUGUGAAUAUACAAGUCCCUCCAAGCUUUCAGAAACUCUGGGAAAUGGGAAACAUGCUGGAUACAGGCAGGAUUGGUGAAGCCAAAGAUGUGAUCAUCAACAACCCCAUUUCUCUCUAUUGUGAGACCCACGCCGCACCCCCUCCCACACUGACAUGGUACAAAGAUGGCCACCCCCUGACCUCCAGUGACAGAGUAUUGAUUAUGCCAGGUGGGCGAGUACUACAGAUUCCCAGGGCCCAGGUAGAAGAUGCCGGAAGAUACACAUGUGUGGCUGUGAAUGAGGCUGGAGAAGAUUCCCUUCAGUAUGACGUCCGCGUCCUCUUGCCACCAGUUAUCAAGGGAGCAAAGAGCGAUCUCCCCGAGGAGGUCAUCGUGCUGGUGAACAGGAGCACCAGGCUGGAGUGUCUGUCCAGCGGCAGCCCUGCCCCCAGGAACUCCUGGCAGAAAGAUGGACAGCCCCUGCUGGAGGACAAGCAUCAUAAAUUUCUGUCCAAUGGAAGAAUUCUGCAGAUGCUAAAUACUCAGAUAACAGAUAUCGGCAGGUAUGUGUGUGUUGCUGAGAACACAGCCGGAAGUACUAAGAAAUAUUUCAACCUCAAUGUUCAUGUUCCUCCAAGCAUCAUUGGUCCUAACCGUGAAAACCUCACUGUUGUGGUGAAUAAUUUCAUCUCUCUGACUUGUGAGGUCUCUGGUUUCCCACCGCCGGAUCUUAGCUGGCUCAAGAAUGGACAGCCUAUCAAGCUAAGCACGGAUGCCCUUGUUGUACCUGGUGGACGAACUCUACAAAUCAUUAGAGCCAAGGUAGCUGAUGAUGGUGAAUACACUUGUAUAGCAAUUAACCAGGCUGGCGAAAGCAAGAAAACAGUUUCUCUGACUGUUUACGUGCCUCCAAGCAUUAAAGACCAUGGCAGUGACUCUCUCUCUGUAGUUAAUGUCAGAGAGGGGACCUCCGUGUCACUGGAGUGUGAGUCGAAUGCUGUCCCACCCCCGGUGGUCUCCUGGUACAAGAACGGACAGAUGAUAACAGAGUCUACUCACUUAGAGAUCCUGUUAGGCGGACAGAUGCUGCAUAUUCGGAAAGCUGAGGUGUCUGACACAGGCCAGUAUGUAUGUAAAGCUAUAAAUGUAGCAGGACGGGAUGAUAAAAAUUUCCACCUCAAUGUAUAUGUGCCACCAAGUAUUGAAGGGCCUGAACGAGAAGAGGUUGUUGAGACAAUCAGCAACCCUGUGACCCUAAGUUGUGAUGCCACUGGAAUCCCACCUCCCACCAUUGUGUGGAUAAAGAACCACAAGCCCAUAGAGAAUUCAGACUCACUUGAAGUUCACAUUUUAUCUGGAGGUAGCAAACUCCAAAUUGCUCGUUCUCAGCAUUCAGAUACUGGCAACUAUACAUGCAUUGCAUCAAAUAUGGAGGGAAAGGCCCAGAAAAAUUACUUUCUUUCUAUUCAAGUUCCUCCAAAUGUUGCUGGUGCUGAAAUUCCAAGUGAAAUCAGUGUCCUGCAAGGAGAAAACGUUGAAUUGGUCUGCAGUGCAAAUGGCAUUCCUACCCCACUGAUCCAAUGGCUCCGAGAUGGAAAGCCUAUCACUGGCAGUGAAGCAGAGAGAAUCCGGGUGACUGCAGAUGGCAGCACACUGAACAUUUUUGGAGCUCUCUCACUCGACACAGGAAAGUACACGUGUGUUGCUACAAAUCCCGCUGGGGAAGAAGACAGAAUUUUUAACUUGAAUGUCUAUGUGCCACCUGCCAUCAGGGGUAAUGGAGAAGAAGGAGAGAAACUCAUGGUUUUGUUGGAUGCUUCCAUCAAUAUCGAGUGUAGAACCACAGGGACACCUCCACCACAGAUCAACUGGCUCAAGAAUGGACUUCCUCUCCCUCUCUCCUCCCACAUCCGGCUGCUAUCAGGAGGACAGGUUAUCAGGAUUGUGAGAGCUCAUGUGUCUGAUGUUGCCACAUACACUUGUGUAGCCUCCAACAGAGCUGGAGUAGAUACUAAGCAUUAUGGUCUUCAAGUUUGGGUACCACCAAAUAUGGACAAUGGAAUGGGGACAGAAGAAAUUACAGUUGUCAAGGGCAGCUCAACCUCCAUGACAUGCUUCACAGAUGGAACCCCAACUCCCAGCAUGUCCUGGCUCAAAGAUAACCAGCCUCUAAGACUCAAUAGCCAUAUGACUACUAGCACUCAAGGAAUGGUCCUUCAGCUUAUCAAAGCAGACCCUGAAGAUUCAGGAAAAUACACCUGCACUGCUUCCAAUGAAGCUGGAGAAGUCAGCAAAAACUUUAUCCUCAAAGUCCUAGAACCACCCCGUAUCAAUGGAUCUGAAGAACCUCUAGAGAUAUCAGUGAUUGUUAAUCACCUACUUGAACUUACCUGCAUUGCUUCUGGAAUCCCAGCUCCUAAAAUUACCUGGAUGAAAGAUGGACGGCCCCUCCCACAGACAGAUCAGGUGCAAACUUUUGGAGGAGGAGAGGUUCUUCGAAUAUCCAGUGCUCAGGUGGAAGACACAGGAAGAUACACUUGCCUGGCAUCCAGUCCUGCAGGAGAUGAUGAUAAAGAACAUCUAGUGAGGGUUCACGUUCCUCCUAAUAUAGCCGGAGCUGAUGAGUCCCGGGACAUCACUGUAUUACGGAACAGACAAGUGACAUUGGAAUGCAAGUCAGAUGCAGUGCCCCCACCUGUAAUCACCUGGCUUAAAAAUGGAGACCGGUUGCAGGCAACACCUCGAGUACGAAUCCUCUCUGGAGGAAGAUACUUGCAAAUCAAUAAUGCAGAUCUAGAUGACACAGCCAAUUUUACCUGUGUUGCCAGCAACAUUGCAGGAAAGACAACAAGGGAAUUUGUUCUCACCAUAAAUGUUCCUCCAAGCAUAAGGAGUGGCCCCCAGAGUCUUGUUAUUCACGUGAACAAGUCAGCUGUGUUGGAAUGCUUCACUGAGGGUGUGCCAACCCCAAGGAUAACAUGGAGAAAGGAUGGAGCUGUUCUAUCUGGAAGUCAUGCAAGGUACACCAUCUUAGAAAAUGGAUUCCUUCAUAUUCAGUCGGCACAGGUCAUAGACACAGGACGAUAUUUAUGUAUGGCAACCAACGCUGCUGGGACAGACCGCAAGAGAAUAGAUGUACAAGUCCAUGUUCCUCCAUCUAUUGCCCUGGCCCCUGCCAACAUAACUGUCACAGUAAAUGUUCAGACUACUCUGGCUUGUGAGGCUGCCGGGAUACCAAAACCCUCCAUCAUCUGGAAGAAAAAUGGGCAUCUUCUCAACCUGGAUCAGAAUCAGAAUUCAUACAGGCUCCUUUCUUCAGGUUCGCUAGUAAUUAUAUCCCCUUCUGUGGAUGAUACUGCAGCCUAUGAGUGCACGGUGACAAAUGAUGCUGGAGAGGACAAGAGAACUGUGGUCCUCACUGUCCAAGUUCCACCUUCCAUAGCUGAUGAGCCUGCAGACUUCCUAGUAACCAAACAUUCCCCAACUGUAAUUACUUGCACGGCUUCAGGAGUUCCAUUUCCCUCAAUCUACUGGACAAAAAAUGGUGUCAGGCUGCUUCCCAGGGGAGAAGGCUACAGAAUUCUGUCUUCAGGGGCCAUUGAGAUAUUUACCACUCAGUUGAACCAUGCUGGAAGAUACACAUGUGUUGCCAGAAAUACAGCUGGUUCUGCACAUCGACAUGUGACUCUUCAUGUUCAGGACCCUCCAGUCAUUCAGCCUCAGCCAAGUGAACUAGAUGUCAUUCUCAACAAUCCCAUUCUUUUGCCAUGUGAGGCAACGGGAACGCCCAGUCCUUUCAUUACUUGGCAAAAAGAAGGCAUCAGUGUCAUCACUGCAGGCAGAAGCCAUACAGUUCUUCCCAGUGGUGACUUGCAGAUCUCCAGAGCUGUCAGAGAAGAUGCAGGUUCUUACAUGUGUGUGGCUCAGAAUCCAGCUGGUACUGCCUUGGGAAAAAUCAAGUUAAAUGUCCAAGUUCCCCCAGUUAUUAGCCCCCAUCCAAAGGAAUAUAUCGUUUCUGUGGAUAAACCCAUCUCUCUGCUGUGUGAGGCAAAUGGCCUCCCAUCACCCAGAAUUGCCUGGCAUAAAGAUGGACAUGAAAUUGUGGAAUCCAUCCGCCAGCGUAUCCUCAGCUCUGGGGCUCUGCAGAUAGCCUUUGCUCAGCCCAAUGAUGCAGGCCAGUACACAUGCUUGGCAGCCAAUGCAGCAGGAUCGGCGAGCAUGACCACCAACCUCACUGUCCAUGUUCCACCUCGAAUCCGAAAUACAGAAGAACAGUACACUGUCAAGGAGAAUUCACAAGCCACCCUUCCUUGUGUGGCUGAUGGAAUCCCCACACCAACAAUUAACUGGAGAAAAGACAGUGUGCUUUUUGCAAACUUGUUAGGAAAAUAUACUGUGGACCCCUAUGGAGAACUCAUUCUGGAAAAUGUUAUGCCAGAGGAUGCUGGCAGCUAUACCUGCAUUGCUCACAAUACUGCAGGUGAAGACACACACACUGUCAGUCUGACUGUCCAUGUUCUCCCUGCUUUCACUGAACUCCCUGGAGAUGUGUCAUUAAAUAAAGGCGAGCAACUGCGAUUAAACUGUAGAGCAACUGGUAUUCCACUGCCCAAGCUGACAUGGAACUUUAAUAACAACAUUAUCCCAGCCCGCUUUGACAGUGUCACUGGACAUAGUGAACUUGUUAUUGAGAGAGUGUCCAAAGGGGACUCCGGGACCUACGUAUGCACUGCCGAGAACAGCGUGGGUUUUGUAAAAGCAAUUGGAUCUGUUUACGUGAAAGAACCUCCAGUCUUCCAAGAUGAUUACCCUUCUAACUGGAUCGAACCACUUGGGGGUAAUGCAAUCCUAAAUUGUGAGGUGAAAGGAGAUCCAGCCCCCACCAUCCAGUGGAGCAGGAAGGGGGUAGACAUUGAAAUAAGCCACAGAAUCCGACAACUUGGCAAUGGCUCCCUUGCUAUUUAUGGCACCCUUAACGAAGAUGCUGGUGACUAUACCUGUGUCGCCGCCAACGAGGCAGGGGUGGUGGAGCGUAGCAUGAGCCUAACUCUGCAGAGUCCUCCUGUAAUCACUGUUGAGCCAGUAGAGACAGUUGUCAGUGCUGGUGGCAAAGUCAUAUUGAAUUGUCAGGCUACUGGAGAGCCUCACCCAACCAUUACAUGGUCUCGUCAAGGACACUCUCUGCCCUGGGAUGAGCGAGUCAGUGUGCUGCCCAACAGCUCAUUAUAUAUUGCUGCUGCUCAGAAAGAAGACACGUCUGAAUAUGAAUGUGUGGCUCGAAAUUUAAUGGGUUCUGUCCUUGUCAGAGUGCCUGUCAUAGUCCAGGUUCAUGGGGGAUUUUCCCAGUGGUCUACCUGGAGAGCCUGCAGUGUCACCUGUGGAAAGGGGAUCCAGAAAAGGAGCCGUAUGUGCAACAAUCCUCUCCCUGUGAAUGGUGGGAAACCUUGCCAUGGGUCAGAUUCUGAGAUGCGGAGCUGUCAGCACAGCCCAUGUCCAGUGGACGGCCGCUGGUCAGAAUGGGGCCCUUGGGAAGAGUGCACGCGCAGCUGUGGCCAUGGCAACCGCACCAGGGUCCGGACUUGCAGUAACCCACCUGCACAGCAUGGAGGUCGGCCAUGUGGAGGAAGCGCAGUGGACAUCAUCAUGUGCCACAUCAGGCCGUGCCCAGUUCAUGGAUCUUGGAGCACUUGGCAGCCUUGGGGCACAUGCAGCAGAAGUUGUGGGGAAGGUACCCAGACAAGAACAAGAUUGUGCAACAAACCACCACCAUCAUUUGAUGGGUCCUAUUGCACUGGGCCUGAAACACAGAUGCAAGUUUGCAAUGCCAGACAUUGUCCAGUUGAUGGCAGCUGGGCUGACUGGACCAGUUGGAGUACCUGUACAGUGUCCUGUGGAGGAGGAACCAAGCAGAGAACUAGGGACUGCUCUGAUCCCAUUCCCCAGCACGGAGGGAGCCCAUGUGAAGGAACAGAUGUCCAGAUUGACUUUUGCAAUAGUGACCCUUGUCCAACUCAUGGGAACUGGAGUCCUUGGAGUGACUGGGGGAUGUGCAGUCACACGUGCGGUGGAGGGCAGAUGCGGCGUUACCGGGCAUGUGACAACCCUCGUCCCUCCAACGGAGGAAGAGCUUGUGGGGGAUCUGAUUCCCAGAUCCAGAGAUGCAACACAGACCUGUGUCCUGUGGAUGGAAGUUGGGGCAGCUGGCACAGUUGGAGCCACUGUUCUGUCUCUUGUGGAGGAGGUGAGAAGACCCGAAGGCGGCUUUGCAAUGAUCCGGUACCCUCCCAAAGUGGGCGCCCCUGUGCAGGAGACGCCACACAGAUCUCCAGGUGCAAUCUACAAGCAUGUCCAGGUGGGCCUCAGCGAGCCAGAGGGAGUGUUAUUGGAAAUAUUAAUGAUGUUGAGUUUGGAAUUGCUUUCCUUAAUGCCACAAUAACAGAUAGUCCCACCUCUGAUACUAGAAUAAUUCACGCCCAGAUUACCAAUGUGCCUCGAAGUCUUGGUCCAACAAUGAGAAAAAUUGUUUCUAUUCUGAAUCCGAUUUAUUGGACAACAGCAAAGGAAAUAGGAGAAGCAGUCAAUGGUUUUACACUUGCCAAUGCAGUCUUCAAGAGAGAAACCCAAGUGGAGUUUGCAACUGGUGAGAUCUUGCGCAUGACGCACGUGGCCCGAGGUUUAGAUUCUGAUGGGGUUUUGCUGCUGGAUAUUGUCGUGAAUGGUUAUGUCCUGCAGCUGCAGUCACCUGCUGACGUCACCAUCAAGGAUUACACAGAAGACUACAUUCAGACGGGUCCUGGGCAGCUGUAUGCCCACUCCACGCGGCUGUUCACUGUGGACGGGCUCAGUGUCCCUUACACCUGGAACCACACCGUGUCCUACGAUGCAGCUCGGGGCCGCAUGCCCUUUUUGGUGGAAACACUUCAGGCCUCCUCGGUGGAAUCAGCCUACAACCAGAUAGAAGAAACACUGGGUUUUAAGAUCCGUGCUUCAAUUUCCAAAGGUGAUCACAGUAAUCAGUGUCCCUCCGGAUUCACCUUAGACCCACUUGGACCCUUUUGUGCUGAUGAAGAUGAAUGCACAGCAGGGAACCCCUGCUCCCACAUCUGCCACAAUGGCAUGGGCACCUACUCCUGCUCCUGUCCCAGAGGUCUUACCAUCGCAGCUGACGGGAGAACCUGUCAAGAUAUUGAUGAAUGUGCUUUGGGAGGACACAGCUGCUAUCCAGGUCAGGACUGUGACAACACCAUUGGGUCCUACCGCUGUGUGGUCCGAUGUGGAACUGGCUUUCGAAGAACCUCAGAUGGACUGAGUUGUCAAGAUAUCAAUGAAUGUCAGGAGUCCAGCCCCUGUCAUCACCGCUGUUUCAAUGCCAUAGGAAGUUUUCACUGUGGGUGUGAACCUGGAUAUCAACUCAGAGGCAGAAAAUGCUUUGAUGUGAAUGAAUGUAGACAGAGCGUGUGCAGACCAGAUCAGCACUGCAAGAACACCCGCGGUGGCUAUAAAUGCAUUGACCUUUGUCCACACGGAAUGACCAAGGUAGAAAAUGGAACCUGCAUUGAUAUUGAUGAAUGUAAAGAUGGCACCCACCAGUGCAGAUACAACCAGAUAUGUGAGAAUACCCGAGGCAGCUAUCAUUGUAUGUGCCCGAGAGGCUAUCGGUCUCAAGGAGUUGGAAGGCCUUGUGUAGACUUUAAUGAAUGUGAACAAGUGCCUAAACCUUGUGCGUAUCAGUGCUCCAACACCCCCGGCAGCUUCAAGUGUACCUGUCCCCCAGGACAACAUUUAUUAGGGGACGGGAAAUCUUGCGCUGGAUUGGAGAGGCUCCCCAGCUAUGGCACUCAGUACAGUAGCUAUAACUAUGCCCGGUUCUCCCCUGUGAGAAACAACUAUCAACCUCAACAGCAUUACAGGCAGUUCUCCCAUCUCUACAGCUCCUACUCAGAGUAUAGAAACAGCAGAACAUCUCUCUCCAGGACUAGAAGGACUUUUAGGAAAAGUUGCCCCGAAGGUUCAGAGGCAAGCCUUGGCACUUGUGUAGAUAUUAAUGAAUGUGAAAAUAGAGAUGCGUGCCAACAUGAGUGUAGAAAUACUUUUGGAAGCUAUCAGUGCCUCUGUCCACCUGGCUACCAACUUAUGCUCAAUGGAAAGACAUGCCAAGAUGUGGACGAGUGCCUGGAGCAGAAUGUCCGUUGUGGGCCCAAUCGCCUGUGCUUCAACAUGAGAGGAAGCUACCAGUGCAUCGACACGCCCUGCCCACCCAACUACCAACGGGAUCGAGUCUCAGGGUUCUGCCUCAAGAACUGUCCUCCUAAUGACUUGGAAUGUGCCUUGAGCCCAUAUGCCUUGGAAUACAAACUUGUCUCCCUACCAUUUGGAAUAGCGGCCAAUCAAGAUCUGAUCCGGCUGGUUGCAUACACGCAAGAUGGAGUGAUACAUCCCAGGACAACUUUCCUCAUAGUAAAUGAGGACCAGACAAUUCCUUUUGCCUUAAGGGAUGAGAACUUCAAAGGCGUGGUAUAUACCACACGACCCCUCCAAAAACCAGAGACCUACCGCGUGAGGGUUCGAGCUCUGUCCUACAGUGCAAAUGGGACCAUUGAAUAUCAAACCACUUUCAUCAUUUAUAUAGCUGUGUCUGCUUAUCCUUACUAAGGAACUCUUUUUUCCAAAGCCUAAUCCACAUAUUCAAGUUGCAUUAAUGCUGGGGAUCAAGUCCCUUUCAGAUAUCUGUCUCUUAAUGGUUGCGAUGUCUGCGACUUACAAUGGUGCUAUGCUCUGUUUUGAGUGCCUUCCUUGGUACUGCUGAGGAAUUUUAAUGAUCCCACCAUGGUCACAUUUUUUGGUAAUGUUAAGAAACAUCCCUUAUUAUUGUCUUUAUUUAUUACAUUGGAACAGUUACUUUGCACAGAUUAUUCCAAAUAUCUAAUAUGAUAUUUCAGUGGUAUUUUCUAAUAACUUCAAAGAUAAGGUAAUUUUAGAAAGAAGAAAGGAAGCAAAGGAGAGAAAGAAAGAAAGAAAGAAAGAAAGAAAGAAAGAAAGAAAGAAAGAAAGGGAAAGAAAGAAGAAGGGAAAAAGUUAUUCAAAGCCAUGUGGAUUUUGAGUAUUGGGGCAUUUUCAAAAUAAUAGGAGUGACUGCUGUGCAUUUAGAUUAAAGCUUUUAAGUAACUUAUAAAGGUGCUUUUUGAAAAAUAUUGAUAGUAGGACUUAUACACCUGUUCAAGGAAAAGAAAUGAACAUCACUCAUUUUAGAAAUAUGCACUUAAAGAUAAUACAGCUUCUAGAAAGGUUUUUGGAUCACAAAUUGUACUCACCAUGACUGAACAUCCAAAAGGUUUUAUUUUCAGUUAUUUUAUGAAAUCAGUAAUUUGAUAUAAUGGGGGGAAAAGUUCAUUUUGUCCUCAAGUGACUGUCCAUUGUAUGUCUUUGUUCAAUAUUUUGGUAUAACCUGCUGAUCACUCAGCUCUGUGGUUUUUUUAUUUCAGCAUUUAAAAAAAUUUCUGGCAAUUGGAAAAAAAUUACAAUACCAGUGGGACAGUUUUCUUUGUUUUUCUUAAUAAUCUUAUAUACUCAAGUUAGCAUAAAUAUUGAACGUCAAUACACUGUACGUGGUGGUAACAGACUCUGGAAGCAAUUGCCAAGAUGUAUUCUAUUUUUAUGAAGUGUAUAUAUAUAUUACCCUAGUGUGUAUUUUCUGUAUGACAUCUUGAUGGAUUCUUUUAUAAAAUUAUUUUAUGAAAAACAGCAGUGUUACAGUGAAAACCAGCCCAAAUAAAAAUUUUUUACAUCCUUUUUCUUAA